AUGAAAGAUCAAGUGAAUCGGUUGUUGUUUUGGGGAGAACUUUGUGGUAAGUAACUUAUGGUUUAUUUUUUAAAAUACAGCUGAUUCCGUUAAGGUGGAAACUUUACAUAAAUACUUUAUAAUGAUAUUGUAUAGUGAACUAAUGUGAGCUUAUUUAAUUGUAACUUAUUUAAUCGUAAUAUUUAAUUAUCUAAUUAUACAAUAGUAACUUAUUUAAUUACCUCUACCACAGAAAGAACAAAGGCAAGAACAAUUACUUCAACAUAUAGAAGCAUUAAAAAAACAAAAGACAGAUCUUGGUAACUUAAUGUUUAAUCGGUAUCGCCUGUUUCGGUCUGGAAACAGCAGGUAAAUUUAUUUAAAUAAGCAAAGGAUAGAUCGGCUGCUGGUUAUGGGGGAAGGAUAACUUAUUUUAUACUGUAUGUACUUUAUUUAUACUGUAUGUACUUAUUCUGUAUGCUGUACGCACUUAUUUUAUAUACUGUACUUACUUAUUUUAUAUACUGUACGUACUUAUUUUAUACUGUACUUACUUAUUUUAUAUACUUUACGCACUUAUUUUAUACUCAACGUACUUAUUUUAUAUAUUGCACGCACUUAUUUUAUACUCAACGUACUUAUUUUAUAUACUGUACUUACUUAUUUUAUAGGGCUGUUUUGGGCCGUUUUGAAAUGCAAGCUUCACUGAGCUAUAAUUUUUUAUAGCCAGUUCUAUUUUGUAAUUUUUGUGGUCUUUUGUGGUGCAACCUCAGUGAAAUAAAUUAUUAUUUAUUAAUAUUUACAGAAAAAUAUUUACUGAAAUGUCUUCCGACAGGUAAAUGUGCGUUAUUUGCCGUUUAUUUAUAGAUGGUUUUGAUCUGUUCAACACUUCAACGUGGUUGUAUUUUUCAAAUUUUUGUACAAAUAACUUAAUUUGUGUUUUUAAGGGAAUGUUUAUAGAUAUCUUAGGAAACGAAAUGCUUUCGAAUUGAACACUUUCUAUUGUGCAUACUGUAUUUAAUUUAAUAAACUUGAUAUGUACUGGUACUGAUUAUUAUUUAUUAGUACUGAAAGUCUUGUCAUUCUUAUUUUUAGUGGACCUAGUUCAGGAAAUUACCCUCGCUUAUCUGUGAGUAUAUACUUAAAUUAUUUCAAUCCAUUAACUCUGAUUAUUCUUGGCAUACCUAAGAAUGUAGUUAGUGAAUACAUACACCAUAAAAAUACCAAAUAAUAAACAUGUUAUUAACUAUUUUCAUCAGUUGGUAUGGUGUCGACUAGCAAAAGUUGCAAGGCAGGCUCUUAUGUUAGCGGAAUGAUCAACAGCGUGCAGUUGCUUAGCAGGGGUGGUAAGAUGAUGUUACAUAUAGGGUAUAAACCUUAUCUUACACUGAUAUAGGGGUGAACACCUUAUGUUACAUAUAGAGGCAGGGGUAUAAACCUUAUCUUACACUGAUAAAGGGGUGAACACCUUAUGUUACAUAUAGAGGCAGGGGUAUAAUACAUAUAUUAUCAAUGGUUGACAUAUGAUUUGCCAAUAAACUUAUAUUAAUUAUUAACGGUAAUGCUGAGGUAUAUUAUAAACCUUCCUUUGAAUACUCAAGUUGCACAUUAAUUAAAGGCAGAAAUGGCAGGCACAAUUUUAAAAGUUAAUUUGACUCAGGAUACUGAUGAACUUGAAAAAUAUGAAGUAAUGCAAGUAUAUUGCCCAUCUUCUGCUUUUUUCAGGCCACUCCAAUCAACACUUAGUUACAGGGGUAGGUAGAAGAACUUUCUGUGCAUGAGAAUGAAGCUCCAGUGUGGGCCAAGGAUGGUGUAAUCUAGGUGUAUUUAUUAAUACUAACCGUAUAUGGCCACAUGCACGUAUGAAUUAGUCAGUGCUCUUUUUAUGAAGGAGCAUAUAUUUGGGGAUGUUACUAUACAGCUAAUUAUAUAAAAAAAAAAUCCACAUUUAUUUAAUAGUUCAGCAUAAUUGGUUAAUGGCUGCAUGGUACUGGAUUAGCCUCUAUUAUUAUUAUUAGCAUGACAAAAUUACGGCAAUCUAUAUGACAGUUGAUUUGCUGAUCUGCUCGAUACUGUGCAUACUGUGCUUGGAACUAUAUGGAUAAUGAUUUCUCAAUAAGAUCUGCGGCCAGCUGGUAGGCGUGUGCUAGCAAAAGUGAUUUGUAUCUUCUGCUUUUUCAGGCCACUCCAAUCAACACUUAGUUACAGGGGUAGGUAGAAGAACUUUCUGUGCAUGAGAAUGAAGCUCCAGUGUGGGCCAAGGAUGGUGUAAUCUAGGUGUAUUUAUUAAUACUAACCGUAUAUGGCCACAUGCACGUAUGAAUUAGUCAGUGCUCUUUUUAUGAAGGAGUAUAUAUUUGGGGAUGUUACUAUACAGCUAAUUACAUAAAAAAAUCCACAUUUAUUUAAUAGUUCAGCAUAAUUGGUUAAUGGCUGCAUGGUACUGGAUUAACCUCUAUUAUUAUUAGCAUGACAAAAUUACGGGAUGUUGAUCGGUUAAGUAGAGUACAAUUAAUUCAUUAAUUAGUACAAUUAAUCAGUACAAUUAAUUCAUUAAUUGUUCUGAAAUACAAUUUUAAUCAUUAUGAUAUUUUCAAAACUAACAAAAUGGCGGAACAAUUAGGUAUUUAAACUCAAAUAAAAUUGCCCGAACGGAAACAAAAGAACUAAAUGCAAAUAUGAAAAUGUGAACAAGUAAUCAAAUUGACAUUGAGAAUUAUCCAAUUAUCCAAAAUCCUUUCGAUAAUUACGUCACAGCUACUGCACUCUUUUCAACUUAAAACCAUCCUAAAUGGAAAGGAUUUCAAUUUUUCUCAUGGGCUUUAUGCACAGGGAAGCAGAACAACCUUCUGGCUUCAGAAUCCAAAUUUUUUUGUGCAUGUGUUGAAGAUCAAAGGAUGUUCUCACUGCUUCUCUGUGCAUAUAGCCCACGAGAAAAAAACAACUUGAAAAUAUAGGAAAUUUCCUAUAGGAUCUAACUAUUAUAGGUCACCUAUAGACUUUUGCGUGUGGCGGUUCGUCCAAUUUUGGCAAAAUUUCCAAACAUCAUGUACUUGUGCUAUUAAUUGUACUAGUCUUGCCAUCACAGGAAUACCUAAUAUGUACUGUAACUAAUGUAAGACUUAACGAAAAGUCAUUUUUCUUAUUAGAUACAAAGAAGAAUAUCAAAAAAGAAUAACUAAAAAAUGGUAAUGGUAUUUAUUAUUUUAAUAUUAUUAAUAUUAAAAAUAUUAAUUACAUCGCAUAUUUUGUUUUAGUGCGAGCACAACUUGUUGACAGCUUGUGAACAGACGUGUAACAACUUGGGCCAAAAAAAAAUGUGGGUUUCCGGUUUCUUCUUAUAAAAACUUAGGUAGGGUAGGUCGGUUUUUAACUUUUUUUUUUAAACUUUUUUUUUAAUUUUCCGAAUAAGCGGACGCCAUUUUGUUUAGUCAGUGCUUCCACAUCCAAAGAUACAUUUCCCUAAUAUUGCCUCAAAUUUCAAUUUUCCACAAACUUUUUCCUCUGGGUGGAAACACUUAUAAGCAUGAAUGCAUGAUCCAACAAAAAAGUUUAGGGUCGGGAUUUCGACGUCCAAAAGCUAGGUAGGGUCGGGAAACCGGAAACCCACAUAUUUUUGUUUGGCCUUGUUUGCAGACUUGUUACAACUUGUGCGUUUUACGUGUGUGGAUGAGUCACCAUCACUUAUCGUUAAAAACCAUUCUUAUGCACUAGUCAAUUGAAACCCCCACCCCCUACGCGCGGGACAUGGCAGAGAAAUUAACAUUUUGACAAUGUUAAAUUUUGGUAAUUUCCCCACUACCGGGGGAAUAUCGACUGUUAAAGUGACCGCCCCUAUGGCCUUGGCACUGCAAAUUUUCAUGACUUGGGAAAUGGGAAAUCGUUGAAGUAUAAAAUUUAUAUAAUUCAUUAUGUAUUCAUAAAUAAUUCUUUUAUAAUAACAAUUUAUUCUUGAGCUAAAGAGUGAAAAUAUAUUCUCUUUUUUUAAGAAAAACUAUGAGGAAACAAUGAUAAAACGGACAAAAGUAUAUAAAAUACCUUCUCUGACUUCGAAAUUAAUAUUGCCACAAGGAUAAACUCGUUCCAAUUCACUUUCGUAUUAGCCGCGCGUUAAAUAUUCUCUGGGGCCCUAUGACAUCAUGAUUUUUAAGCUAGAACCAAGUGAGUUACCCAAUUAGACCUUACAGUGCCUUCAUUUUCGAAAAUGCUCUGCCUAAUUUAAAGAACUUAAUUUUUGCCGGCCCUCUAAAGUUUGGACCCUAUUAAGGUGGGGGCUCUGGGCAAUUUGCCCCCUCUUUCCCCACCUCCUCUUGGUGGCCCUGCCGUUUAUGAGGACUGGAUUAGAUUUCACGUCCACGCAAUUUGAUCAAGUAUGAGGACUGGAUCAAAAUGCGAGGACUUGAAAUCUAGUCCAGUCCGAAUUGGAGGAUUUGAAAUCUCAUGCGAGUAAAUCACUAUUUAAUUAAUUUUGAUUCAUUCCAUUGGACUGAAUUCAUUUUGCUCCAGUCCUUAAGGACAGGAUCAAAAUACAGUACUUCAUCGGGUAUCCAGUAUUAUCAUGUGAGCAAAAUAAAGCAAUAUGGUUGGCUAAUUUAUUCAUGAAUUAUUUUGAAAUGAGUUUGAGAUUGUUUUAUGUUGGCAUUUGUAAUAUUCGGAGAACUCAUUAACAUAAGAUGCGUUGACAGCGAUUUUGUUUCUUCGUUGUUUUACAGUUGAGCUCGGUUUAAUUGAUCCCCACUUGAGUCAAAUUAUGCUAAAAUAUCACAUCACCUUAAAUUUGUUUCUUAUAUUGCAAAUAUCAAAAUUUGACAUGAAUUCUUACUGUCAAUGUUUUAGGUUGCGAGUUCACAUUCAAUAACAGUGAGCACAUUGGCCUUACUGAAAGUCAAAUUCCUAGGCAAGGUCAGAAAAUAUUUUAUACAAUUUUAAACACGAGCAGGAGUGUUUUAUCAGACGUAUCUUAUAUCUGACCAAGCACGGACUGCAAAACGCCUAUCAGUUAUGAGUUCACUGGUGAAUAAUUUUUAAAUAUCAACGUUGUCUAAGCCAAGAAAACAAAGCUAAAGUUCAUGUAAUUUCCUUGAUUUUUUUAUCACAUACUGAUUACUGUAUAAAACCACCGACACGGCAGUGAUUUCCUUUGUCUUUUCAUUCAUGAAAUUAUUAAUGAGCUUUUUAAUGUAUAUAUAUUACAGUAGUAAAAAUGUUUAAUGUAUGGUCCUCUGUUUCCAGAGGCUCUAUUAACAAGCGGCAGAUCCCACAUCCACACUGGAUUAGGUCCAGAAUUUGACUCUCGCAUGUGAUUAGCCAUUUGUAAAAAUAUGUUAGACCGGUUUGGGAAAUAACACAAUCUCCUAAAAGAGAUCAAUCAAUAAGUUACCAACAGAGAGUUUCAAAUAACAAGUAACAACCCGUCAACAUCGUCACACACAAUGAUGGUAAAUAAUAUUUCUUUUAUUUGUUUUGUUUUUGGCAUUCACAGACGAGUGGGAUGGACAUCACAGAAUGUGUGGGGAAGGUCAUUGUUGACAGUGAGGUAACAUAUUUUAUGCAUCUGAUAAUAUCUGAUUGUAAUCACAUGUACAGAAAACUACACAGAAGUCCAUCUCCGUUGUUUUUGCGUCAUAAUUCGUCAUGAUUCGUAACCUGCGAGCAGGCCCAUAAAAUAGAACCUGUUACUCAGGUUACAUGAUUCGUCACUCAGUCGUCACUCCCCUGGACGUGUGCCAUUUUGAAUAUUUCCAGGGGGUGACCGCUUCUGUUUACGUACUUGCUGAGUGACGAAUCAUGAUGAAUAGCCCUUACUCAAAAACAAUGGAGAUGGACUUCUGUGUAGUAUCACAGAAUAAAGGCAUACAGAAGAAGGUCGACUCGAGUAACCGCUGCCACGCCAUGAUUCAUCAUCAAAAUGCUGACGCCAUGGUCCUAGCGCGCGUUUGAGAGGCUUUCCCCCCUGGACGUCCGCCAUUUUGAAUAUUAGAGAGGUUAAGAUAUCCCGGUUUCGGUGUACGGGUACGAGUAGUGUCAUCUUGUUUUACUGAUGUUCAAUCAUACUUUUUUCUGUUUUCUUGCAAUAGACAAUGAUAUAAUGCGAAAAAUGGGCACCUUAAUUACGAGUAAAGGUACAGACAUCAACGAAAAUAUUGCUAACCAAAAUCAUGCUACCCGUACACGUACACAGAAACCGGGGUAUCUUAAUAUUCAUUAUACAGAGCUAGGAAGGAGCGAGACCGUGUUGUUUCCAAAUGUAUAAACAUUUCAGACGUAACUAUUGGGAAAAUCUUUGAUAUUCUACCUGGUAUGUACAGUAAAUUGAUGUUAUGCAUACCAACAUCAAUUACGUGCGGAUAUUAAUAAGGUGCUACACCAGAGAAUAGAUGGCUAGACUAAGACACUCAGUACACUGAAACCAGCCUCGUCCCCAGGUGCUUUAAUUUGCUGCGCCCGUCCACUGCCUGUGUCGCGCCACGACGUUGAGUUGGAGCCUGGGGAUGAGGCUGCACUGAAACCACAGAAGCCUGUAAUACUCUGUGCUGAAUUGCUGAAACCACACAUACAGCACGUGCAUGUUUAGCUCUCUAAAUUUAGAAAUGAUUAUAUGGUGGAAAAGACGGAGUACGGAGUCAAAACAGUUUAUUUUUCGUAAAGAUUCGAUUUUAAAGAGCAAUGAAGCAAUGACUAAUGAAGCAAUUAUCACUGUUCUCCCUAGAGCCACACUUGAAUUAAACUGUUCCUGCUGUAGGUCGAGCAAGAGUUAUCCUUUAAUUGCAAACACCCUUUCGAUAAAGUGCUACCUUUACAUUGUAAUCAGUAAAUGGUUAGACUUUCACGUCUUCUCAAAUAAGGUCGUUAGAAUCGUAGCUACCUCGGAAGCCUGUUGGCAAUUUAAUAUCAACAUAUAUCUCCUUUCUUUAGGUCUCCGAACUGCAGGAAAUUUUACAACAACGAAACGAUGAAUACCGCAAGAAAUUCAAGGAAUGUGAGCUUUUAGAACAGACACUGACAGAAACAAAGAAAUCAUUAGAAGAAACACAGGAACGUUUGAAGCAAACUAAAGUGAAGUUGGCUGAAAGGGAUGCCCAAGUUUCGACGCUUGACAGCGAGUUGAGUAAGGCACAGGAGGAGAUUUCUGGUGCGGCGAAGCAGUUGGAGGAAUUGAAGAGAAUUUUAGAAGAUAGCAAGAAGGAACUGCGGGACAAGGAUCAACAGAUGGAUGAUUUGAGAGAUAGUUUGAACCAG